AUGUUUUUAAAAAAAAGUGAAAUAUCAUCAACAACAGAUCAACAACAAGAUCAAACAUCAUCAAAUUAUAAUCGACGAGAAAAAGAGUCAAAAUAUGAUCAUCGUAGACCCAUUUAUCAUUCAUCGCCAAGUAAUACUCGUCCAUAUCGUGAUCAAAAAGAUUACCAGCAUCAAUAUAGACAAAGUCAUCGAAGUUAUUCAUUCACAUCAUCUUCUCCUGAUCUUUACUCUGCUCGACAUAAAGGUUAA